GGGGUCCAUCACAGUAGUUUUUGGUUUUUGCUAGCAAGAUCCAAAAUGUCGGGGGAAGUGUAUCUUCUGUGGCUGCUAUCCUUUUUAAAAACGCUGUCGGCGUAUGGCUCCGAGCUUUCAUCGGAGGCUUGCAGGGACCUGGGCUUUUCCAGCAACCUCCUGUGCAGUUCCUGUGACCUGCUCGGGGAGUUCAGCCUCACUAAGCUCCAGCCUGACUGCAGGCACUGCUGCCAGCAGGAAGCCCAAUUGGAAGCACGCAAGCUCUACGCUGGAGCCAUUCUUGAGGUGUGUGGAUGAAAAUUGGGGCGGUUCCCUCAAGUCCAAGCUUUUGUCAGGGGAGAAAAGCCGAAGAUGUUCAAGGGUCUUCAGAUCAAGUACGUGCGCGGCUCCGACCCUGUACUCAAGCUUUUGGACGAUAACGGGAACAUCGCAGAGGAACUCAGCAUCCUCAAGUGGAACACAGACAGUGUGGAGGAGUUUUUGAGUGAAAAAUUAGACCGGAUAUAAACACAGGAACCCAUUUGUUUUCUGUAGUUCCAGGGACCGUUUAAAAUGUUAAUUUUACCUCCUUUUUUUUUUUCAGGUGACCAAGAAAGUUCACAAAAUCCCAUUUUAAACUCUAGACAGGAUGAGAAAAAAACAUUUGUGGUGAAAUGUGCCUUGUAGGUAUUUUGCCAUUUGUACUCAACUCAGCGUUGUUAAAUAGCUGCUAAAAUCUCCGUUUUUAUACCUGAAAAAACAUGACAUUUCUCAACAUACAUUCAAUACAGCAAAUCACGCCCAGGUUUUCUUCCUUAUUUCUGAUUUUCUUGUACACUUUUUUUUAUAUAAUGCUUGCAAUAUAGAUAGAUAGGAAUUGUAGAAAAAGUUUUUGUCCAAAUGCAGACGUAUUAGCUGUAGAACACUUUAGUGAAGACCUCACCUUAAACCACUGUUGGGAAGUGAGUUCUGAUGUGUUUGUGUUCCUCUGCUUCAUCUGCUUUGGACAGAAACAGGAUUUCUUAUGGAUGGUUGUCUUUGAGCAGGAUUUCAAUAUGCAACAUUAAACUAAAAGAUUUUCUUUCAAUUCUG